AUGCGAUCAUUGUCUGAAUCGAUCGGCAAGCCACCAAUUAUCGUUGCAAAGUUGGUCUCCAAAUGGCGUCUGGUGUGCUUCCUCAGUGAAAUCCUGGCGCUGGCCUAUAUGGGCAUUAUCAUUCAGCCGGGCUACAACGAGAGUACACUCCUUACUGAACUUAUAUUUCAGAAUAAUUCUGGGACAAACGUUUUGGCCGUUGUUCGUGCUAGCCGUUCAUCAUCGGUUGAAGCAAUUCUUGUGGCAGUAAAUAUGAAUGACCUGGAGGCAUUGGCUGUAACGAUGGCUCUAGCAACCUAUUGUCGAGAACAGGUAUAUUGGGCGCGAGAUAUUCAUUUCGUUUUCGUGGACAAAGGAUUAGUCGGUAUGACUGCAUUUUUGGCCGAGUACCACGGGCAUCACCAUCCAUUUUUGCAUGUGGAAAAGCUGCAGUUCCAUAGCGGAGCUGUGGUUGGCGGAUUUGCACUCAAAACAACUGGGACAGUGUUUGAUACGCUGAAUGUUGAGCACAAUAUGAUGAAUGGCUUAUUGCCAAAUUUGGAUUUGCUCAAUUUGAUGAUCAAGUUGGCUGACAAAUUUGGCCUCGUUCCGGAAGUUUUCGAAUCCGCGCAUCAAGGAUCUUGGUGGGAUCUUGCUGAAUUGACAAGCAGUGCAGUACUCAGCCAGUUCAUUUUUAGAUCACUAAACAACAUACUGGAGAGGUUUCAUCAGUCGUACUUUCUUUACAUAAUGACAGGCACGCGACGUUUUUUAUCGGUAGCAUAUUACAUGCCAGCUCUCGGUUUCGUCUUGUUUCCGCUAUUUGUAUUGGCACUUCGUGAUUGGUUUAGCAUGAGCGAGUUCAAAUUUUCAAACUCAUUUUUGUUGCUUCACGUGAUCGGAAUUGUCGAGUACUGUGUUAUCAGAAGUGUUGCUACGUCUCAGCUUUAUCAUAACUACACAUUUCUUGCAUCAUUUCUGGCGUUCGUCCCGUAUUAUUCUCUUUUCGCUCCAAGUGAGGAGGAAGUUGUUUCAUUAAGAUUUUUAUUUUAUUUGGAUUACUGUCUUAUCUUCGGUUCUUUAUCGUUGCUGAAUUUUUCGUUGGCGUUGUUCAUUUCUCUGAUUGCCGUCCCGCUGAUAAUUCUCUUCACAGCGUUUUUUGGUUGCAGGCUAAUAAAUCGAUCGAAAGCUGUCUUUGGUUUCUUAUUACAUCCAAUUGCUCUGCAUUUAUUCUGUUACUAUUUUCUAUAUAAUGUUGUUCCGACGAAAGCAUACGUGGAGCAGUUAGUGACAGAUCUCAUCACAAAUCAUCUCUUGUUCGGAAGUUUUCUUUUUCCGUUUAUUUUCAUUUGCUUAUUACCCCUAUGGAAUUUAUUAAUCUUAAUUUCGUCUUCAGCAUUUUCUUAG